UUGAAAUAAAAAGAGACAAUCCUUAUACUAUUACCGACAAAAACACAAACAGAAAGUUAUAAGGUCGGUUAUUGUUCUUGAAAUCAAGCAGCGUAAUUUGACUUUGGAAUAACACAAUUUACCCAUUCCCUUCCUAUUCUCUUUUGCUUUGAAAGAAGAGAACAAAACAAAGACAUCUACGACUACAAUACGACUACAAUCAUCACAUCAUAUCACCAAACCAUCCCUUCACCGUCACAAAAGGCCUCUCCUUUAAUUUCUCGGUGAUCUUCUUACCCAGAUUCCUUCUUUUGUCUCCCACAGAAUCCAUCGAUCCCUUCUUCAGUCGUCAACAUCUUCACUUUUUUUAGAUUUUUUGCUUUACUCGAGGAAAAGCCACUACACCAACCCUCUUAUAUGAUGUGUAAUAUAUCUUGAGACAAAUAAACUAUAUACACAAACAUAUUUGUAUUUAUAUAAUUAUGUACUAUAUUAUAAUUUAGAAGAGGGCUGUGUAUAAGACUUUAAGUAGUGUUUCGAUGCUAUUGCUUUACUUCUUUCUCACCUUUGUUUCAUUCUAUUACUCCACAUGAAGAUCUAGAUCUGGGUCCAGACAAAUUUCACCGACCCUCUUUCACAUCUCUCUCCCUCUCUCACUAUUCAUUUCAUUCAGUAGGGUUUUGUUCUCUCUUGUCGUCUUCUUGUUUUGUCUGUAGCAUUAAUGUAAGUCAAAUCAAACUCGGUCUCUGAAACAACCUCAGUGAUAAACCACUUCAACACUUAAGUUUUCUGUCAGACUUUUGUCUUUGUCCCUCUCUCCAACAGAAAAAAUCCAAGACCCCCCAAACAAAAGUUUCUUGUUUUCGAUAGCAAUGUCUGGUUAUAUGCACCCUCUUCUAGGGCAAGAACUGUAUCUACAGAGACCUGAAGAUUCCAGAACCCCACCUGAUCAAAAUAACAUGGAACUUAACAGAUCUGAAGCAGACGAUACAAAGGGCGAGACCACUCCCACCGGUGGAGCAACCAGCUCAGCCACCGCCUCUGGUUCUUCUUCCGGACGCCGUCCACGUGGCCGUCCUGCUGGUUCCAAAAACAAACCGAAACCCCCGACGAUUAUAACCAGAGAUAGUCCCAACGUCCUUAGAUCUCACGUUCUUGAAAUCACCUCCGGUUCGGACAUAUCCGAGGCUGUCUCUACCUAUGCGACUCGUCGCGGCUGCGGUGUAUGUAUUAUAAGCGGAACCGGUGCGGUCACUAACGUCACGAUACGCCAACCGGCAGCUCCGGCGGGUGGAGGUGUGAUUACUCUGCAUGGUAGGUUUGAGAUAUUAUCUUUGACCGGGACUGCGCUUCCGCCACCUGCGCCACCGGGAGCAGGAGGUUUGACGGUGUAUCUAGCCGGAGGUCAAGGACAAGUGGUAGGAGGGAAUGUGGCUGGUUCGUUGAUUGCUUCGGGUCCGGUAGUGAUGAUGGCUGCCUCUUUUGCGAACGCAGUUUAUGAUAGGUUACCUAUUGAAGAGGAAGAAACUCCGCCGGCAAGAACCACGGGAGUGCAGCCGGCGGCAUCUCAGUCUUCGGAAGUUACGGGCGGUGGGACUCAAGUGUGUGAUACAAACCUCGGAGGUAGAAACGAAGGAGGAGUCGCUUUCUAUAAUCUUGGAAUGAAUAUGAACAAUUUUCAAUUCUCCGGGGGAGAUAUUUUCGGUAUGAGCGGCGGUGGAGGCAGCGCGGGAGGAGGAGGUGGCGGUGUUGCUAGACCCGCGUUUUAGCGUUUGGGGCGUUUUGGUGACACUUUUUUGUGCGUUUUGAAAUUGUCCUCAAACUAGCUAUAGCGGUUGUGAUCUGCGAAUAUUAGGGUUUUUUUUCUUUUUUAAACAAAAAAAUUUGGUGUGUGAAAAACGAAAACGAAGGCUUAAAUUUCCUUUUCUUUUUUUUGGUUGUGUUUUGUUUAUUAUGAAUAGAAUCGGUUAGUGUUAUAAAAGGAAGACAUUAUUUUGUGAGA